CUUCUGUAUUCACAAUGUGUAAUGCUAGUUAGAUUUUACAAAAUUGUCAAAGUGUCCCCAAAAAUUUCAAUAUUUCGAUUGUCCCAAAACAAGCCAAUGCUGAUGAUGAUGCUGAUGCAAUCGCAAGAGGAGGAAGUGCAGCCCGACGAGGAUAUGGACUCGAAUGUGCCAACAAUUACGAUGCCGCCAGCCGAUCUCGAUAUAGCAGAUCCGCUCUCCCAGGAACAGCCAGAGACAACCAUCGAGAUCAUGGAGAUCGCCGAUGAUUCCGAUGUGGACGUCGCUGCCGCAGAUGAACUCAUUACCAUGGACGUGGUCGAUGAAUGUGAGCUCAUUGAGUAUCAAGAGGAAGACGACAUGAUGAUGGAAAUGGAUAACAACCACAGUUGCAGCAGGUGCCAGGACUAAGGCGCCGCCUGGCUCAGGCAACUGACACCCGUUUUUCAUCCAUUUGGAAUGAAUUUCUGUGAAACAACGAUUUUGUGUAUAUUUACGAAUUAACUAUAUUAAACUGAUCCCGUGCGAAGUUGCUUCCAUCGAUCAAUCGAGCUUGACAGUGGUCCUAGGCUUCGGA